CACGUUACUAAUGUAUUUCUUUUCCCUUUUUUUAGAUGUUACAAAGUGGCAGCAAUACGCAAAGUGUGUGAAGUACGUGCAAGGAAUAUUUCAUAUUUAUGUAGUGCAGUCAAUAAUAAAACAAUCGAUGAGUACUUAAGUAUACAGCACGUACUUAUUGCAAAUAACAUUAUAUUGUAUAAUACCGCUUUUUACAUGGUGGGGACAGAAUUUAUCUGCUGACAUUUCUUAAGACUUUAGUACUCGCUCAUUCUAUCCGCGUAAUAGUUCGAGGAGGUUCAGUUAAUAGAAACCGCGAGAAAAAAAAAUUAUUAACGACAAUGAUUGUUUUUAAACUUUCUCUUUUGAGUGUUAUAUACUUAACUUUAGGUAAUCUUUCUUUUUUUUUUUGUUAUAUUUUCGCGACUUCUUAAAUCCUCAAAUAUUGUGUAUCAAAUUGUGAAGUGAAAAGCGUGAAAAAUAUUAUAACUUGUUGGUACCUCUUUAAUUGUGACUAUUUCUAAUACUUGAAUAUUUAAGUUUUAGAAUGUUCUUGAAAUAAUAAUGUAAUAUGUCGUAUGUUUUUACCUUUUAGAAUGUCCUACACUAGUUCAGAAUGUUAAGAUAAGUAAUGAUGAAGAUAAUAGAGAAAUUGAAGAUGAUACUCUUCAACUGGUAACAGUGGUAAAUAUGAAAAAUAUCGAAUGUAAAAAAAAAAAUUUUUUUGAUAUUAUCACAUUCCUUUUUUCUUUCCAUACUUGGAUCUUACAUCUACUUGUAUUUGGAUUAAUGUUAUCACAUGAUCCAUAAAAGAGAUAAACUCUCUAUUCAUGACAAUAAACUUUUAGGUAAUAAGGCAUGGAGACAGAGCACCACAGGAUACUUAUCCAAACGAUCCUUAUGUUAAUAAUUCCAUGGAACCUUAUGGUUGGGGUCAAUUAACAAAUGAAGGAAGAAGGAAUCAAUACAAUCAAGGUCUUUUCUUACGGGAACGGUACAACAAUUUUUUGGGUUUAAUUUAUACUCCUAAUAUAUUUUAUUUGCAAUCUACUGCUCUCGAUCGUACAAAAAUGUCUGCUAUGCUGGAAGCAGCAGCUUUGUGGAAACCAACUGAAAAACAGUCCUUUAAACGUGAUUUAGCUUGGCAACCUGUUACUUUAUUUUAUCAACCAUAUUCAGAAGAUACGUUGAUGACAAUAUGGGAUACUUGUCCAAAAUAUACUAAAUUACGACAUGCAGUUAUGAACUUAUCACAAAUUCAACAAAUUCAAGAGAAGAAUAAACAUCUUUAUGAAGAAUUGACGAAUUUAACGGGUAUGAUGAUUUCAACUCCAGGUGAUGUGAGUUCGCUUUACGGAACUUUAAUAGCAGAAGAAUAUAUGAACUUAACUCUUCCUGAGUGGGCUAAACAUUAUUAUCCUGAUAAAUUAAUACCACUUACAUUGUACGAUUUUCAACUUAAUGGGUAUAAUGAUGAGCUUAAAAGACUUAAAGGAGGACCUUUUCUAAAAAAGAUUAUUACAGAUAUGAUAACAAAGAAAGAUAAUACUUUAGAACCUGAAGAAAGGAAAAUGUUUAUGUAUAUUGGUCAUGACAGUACCAUUGUAACUUUGAUGGAUGUUAUGCAUGUAUGGAACAAUCAAAUGCCAUAUUAUAAUAUUAUGGUAAUGAUUGAAUUACAUAAGAAAAACGACGAAUGGACUGUUCAGAUAUUCUUAAGAAAUACCACUAAACACGGGCCAUAUCCUUUGACUGUUCCUGGAUGUUCAACAAUAUGUCCUCUUGAAAAGUUCAUACAGAUUUUAAAACCAAUGAUUCCAGAUAAUUGGGAUAAGGAAUGUGAAGUUGACGGAGACUAUAUACUUCCACCUGCUCCUCUUCCUUAAUUAUAAUUAUUUGGCGAAUAUUUUCUCUUCUCGACGUUUUUUCGUAACCACUGUGCCAGGUUUGUGUUGAGCAUCUGGAUGAUUUAGUAAUUCAGGUGGACAGGUGGAUAUAGGGCUUGCAAGAAUAGUUUGUUUCAAAUCAUAGAAUAGAUGACUGUCAUCUUUGGUACAAAAUGAAAUAGCAAGACCAGCUUUUCCAGCACGUCCAGUUCUACCAAUACGAUGUGUGUAAUCUAGAAACAGAUACAUCUUUAAUAUCGAUACCACGACCUGCUACAUCAGUGGCAACCAGAAUGUCUUUACUACCACUUUUCAAAGAAGCAAGUGCGUACUCUCUUUGUUCUUGUCCUUUGCCACCAUGAAGAGUACAAGCAUUGUACUGAAAAAUGAAAUAAAAUAUUGCAUUAAAAAAUUUUCACAAUACAAAUAAAAUAUGUUCUCGUUGGAUUUAGAAUGAUAUAAGAUAAUUAAAAUUCAGACAUACGCCUAGUUUUUCUAAACCUCUUG